UGUAUCUCACCCUCGGUCUCGGGGACUUUAAUUUUCAUCCGGGUGACAGGUCGGUCCGGCCCCGGAGUGGAUCGGCCCCAAAGGAUCCGCACGAUGGAUGAUGGAUCAGGUCUCCGUCUGCGCUGCGCAGUCCAAGUCCGCCUUGUGAGACACGGCGACACGGCGAACCGCCGACCCGGGACGCGAUCGCCAUUUCGUUUAUUCCCCCCACGAUCCAUCUCUCAGUCCCGAUAUCACGUGCAUUGCCGUCCAUCCUGCUUUAUCGCGUGCAAUGGAGCAGUAUCCUCGUCACCACCAACACCUGCAACAUCCGUCUGUGUCGCAAUGGGAGUUGGGACUAACCGACGUGUACGGAUAGCAAAGCACUCUUCUGUUUGGACAUCCAACGGCUUAUCUUGAUAUAUACGGAGUAUCACGUAUGCCAGCCACUCUUUGAUGGUCUCAGUCGACAAUGAUGCCUCUCGGAGUCGCGACAGACCGCAAUGGGCGGCAGCAACAAGCCUACACUGACACGACGGUUUUCGAGAGCCGAACGCCAGUCUAGCCUGCAACUCUCGCUCCGACUAGCAUUGCAUUGACUGCUGCCGCCACCUUUCAAACGGUCGCCGCCAUGAUAUCCAUACCCUGGGCCGAUGCCAUCCAAAC